AUGUGAGGCACAAUCUGCAAAUGUGAUUGGAAACGUGACAGUGCAGGUGUGCAGACAUUUGAAGACACACCUGAAAGAAGUUACUGAAAGCACAGGUGAUGCUGAUGCGAGUCCAUGACGUCACGGGGAGAGUUUUCAUUCAGCAGUUUGACAGCGGCGUCUCUUGCGUCAUAUCUCCGCGCCCCGGCCCGCCGCAGUGGAGGACACACGGAGCAUGGGAGACCUUGGAGGAGCGUUUCUGCUGGUCGCUGCUGUCUUCUGGCUUCAUAUCAGCGAUGCUGCACUUCACUCUCUGCCCUCCUGCCACCAGCAGCUGGAGUUCAGGUGCAGCAAUGGUUUGUGCAUCUCCAAGCUGAAGGUGUGCGACGGACGCAAAAACUGUGAGGACGGAUCAGAUGAACGCCACUGCAGUCACGCGUGCUCUGCUGGUUUCUUCUCUUGUGGGCCGUCUGACGGCUGCCUGCCCGAGAACAAGCUCUGUGACGGACGGACCGAUUGCAAAGACGGACGGGAUGAGACCCAGGAGCUGUGUGGUUCAGGACAAAGAGUCCCUCAGAAGUCUCCCGCGUGUGCAGUGUCGGAGUUUCGGUGCAGAGACGGGAGCUGCAUCCCCCACAGCUGGAGGUGUGACCACUCAGCGGACUGUCCUGACGCCAGCGAUGAGGACCACUGCGAUCAGGACGAGUGUCGAGUCAAUAAUGGCGGCUGUUCUCAUUAUUGUGUGGACCUGCCGAUGGGUUUCCACUGCGACUGCCCUGAAAACAUGAGGCUGGUCGAGGACACCCACUGUGAGGAGGUCGAUGCGUGCCUGGAGAGCGACGUGUGCGACCAGCUGUGUGUCCACGUGAACGGCAGCUUCACCUGUGACUGCCUCGAGGGCUACCACAUGAAUCCAGUAACCAGAGAGUGCAACGCCAACGGAGAUGAGCCUCAGCUGGUUUUCACCGCAUCUGAAGGAAUACAGUGGAAGAGCAUUACUGGCCCUGGGAGCAAAACACUGGCCCCACAUUUACCAGGGCCGGGACCCGUGGCGGUCGUGGCCUCAAACCGCAUGCUGUACUGGGCCCAGCAAGGACAAGGCUCCAUAUACAGGAUCUCCCUGAGUGGACGGCCACAGGAAGCUGUGCUGGUACUGGAAGUUCAAGGUUCUGUCUCGGGCCUGGCAGUAGACUGGAUCCACCAGCUUCUCUACUGGACCAGUACAGAGACCGGUUCACUCGGCAUCGCCCUGCUGGACAGUUCGACUCAGCGUCAGCUCAUCACUGGGCUCGACCAACCGUCUGCAGUAGCUGUGGAUCCUCUCCGAGGGCUGCUUUUCUGGACUCAGUGUGGCAGCUCACCAAAGAUCGAGAAGGCCGGUCUGGACGGCCGGGACAGGACGACUCUGGUCUCUUCCUCAAUACGUCACCCUGUUGCCCUCUCCCUGGAUAUGCCUCGCCAGCUGCUGUACUGGUUUGACGAGGGAAUGAGAAGCAUCUCCAGAGUAAAUGUAGAAGGUCGUCACCGCAAAACAGUGGUAGAGUCUAACGGCUAUAUGGACCGGUGUUUGGGACUGGCUGUUUUUGAGGGAUUUGUGUACUGGAGUGAAGAAGUUACACACUCCAUCUGCCGAGCAAACAAACACAAUGGCAGAAACCUCCAGGUGCUGCUGUCUAACAUCACCUCACUUGGUGGUGUUUCCAUCAUCCAGGCUGUUCUUCAACCAAACGGAACAUCUGUAUGUGGACAUCUGGGGACAGUGUGUCGGCACAAGUGCGUUGUAAACCUGCGUUCUGAGCAUCCAAAGUUCAGCUGCAUUUCUCCAGAAAUGAAACAAAACCAAUCUCAAGAAAUUCCUGCCAUCACCCACACAGUUCCCACAUCAACUUUAACCGACCCUGCAUUUGCUGGAAUCCUCUCUCUUAUCAUGUUCCUCAGUGUGCUGCUGGUGGGAAUGGCUUUGUGGUGGUGGAGAGAAGAGUUCAGGCCAUCCAGGUCUCUCACUGUGCAGAGCUUCGCCUUUAAAGAGUCCCAAGACCCGCUCAUUAUUCAGGGAACAACCGUGGCUCCAAACACAUGUCUGGUCAAGGAAACUUUACUUAAGCUGGACUUGGACGGUGAAUGAAGGUGAGACAAAGACGGUCAGCUGACUGGGCUUCUCCUGUACAUGUGUCAACCCUGCAGUGACCUCGCAGCUGAGAACAACAACACGACAACCCGGCUGGUCACCCGCCACAUCCCAACUCCCUCUGCAGGCUUAAAUCACUGAACGACUUUGUGGUAAAUAUCUGAGGUCAGAGGGGGGGAAAAAAGGCCUUCAGUCAUUGCUGUUUUACCUUCAGUUUUGGUAUCAUUUCCAGCCCUGGUGGCUCUACAGCAGAUUCCUUGUUGUUCAUUCACUCAGAAAGCUGUAGGCAGCAGUAAGAACACACACGCACACAUUCUUCUUCUUUCAAUAUCAGUGCAAACGAAUAGAUGCCUUAUUUUUUUAAUCUGUGUUAUCAAGCAUUUUGCCUGUCUGAUGAAUGCUUAUUUCUCGAACACAUUGCGUGGAAAUGUGAUCCUGAGUUGAAAUUAUUGGCUGAUACACUGUAAUUAACUGACAAAAACUUUGUCCGGACCAUUUUGGUUGUCAAAACAAUAAUUUCCCAAAUGUUUCUAUGUUUCUCUUUUCUAAGACUAACUGAAUAUGUUUUGGACUGUUGAUCAGACAAAACACAUAAUUAGGAGACUUGUGUUUCUGAGAUUUUAUACCCAAAGCAGUAAUUGGGGAAAAUUCUCAUUAGUUUCAGUUCUAGUGUGGUUUUAUCUUGAUAACUUGCACCUUCUCUCUGUGUGUGUUUUGAGUGUUUGUAUCAACAUUGAAAUUCCCAAACUUUUGCCUCUGCAGUAUUUUGAAUGAUUUUUACUUGCCAGUGUCCAGCAGGAAUCUUGUGAAUAAUUUCACAUAUUUCUAAAAAAAAAAAAUACUGGUGCUAAUCUGGUUUGUAUUGGACCUUUUUACUCUCUUGGCUUGUGAAUGUGAGAACGUCAGUCAGAAAACCAGAACUACAUUGUGCUGCCUUUUGUCCAGUGAACUUGAAUCAUAUACAACAUUCAUUACAGUAUGUACUGAGAUUUAGUGUAAAGCUGGAAUCUAAUGUCUGAUACCUGAAUUUCGAACCGUAUGUGCAAGCUAAUUUUCCACAGCUGAUUAGUGCAGCAUCCAUGCUGCUCAAUUUAAAGUGGCCUAUUACUAAGAGGAAAAGGUUAAAAAAUAUAGGUACAUCCUCUUUUCUUUUUUUUUUUAAAGUCUGUGAAUGCUGAACUAGUGGUGAACUGUAGUUUUCAGUGAGUUUUUGUACUUCUGCAUUUGAUCAUUGAGCAUUUUUGGGAAAUGCUCUUAUUUACGUACACUCAGACCUUUGAGUAAAGUAAUGUCACAGCAGUUAGCAUAGCAUAAUGAAUGGGAACAAGCAGACACGGUUCAAAAGCAAUAAAAUCCACUCAGCACCUUUAAAUCUCCUUAAUUAUAGUAGCAUAUUUAAUUUGUUAAUUGUAUUUCUUUGCUGGGAGCAGGAAAUGAAGCUUCUACUUGACUUGAAGCUUCCUGACAACAAGAUUCCAUCAUAAUUCAAUGAACAAAUGAGGAGUAAUGUGUCCAUUAGCGAGCUGUUUGACCUUGUUUUUAUGCUCGGCUAAGCCUAUCCAACUUCUGGCUUUAAAUUGGCCUUCAUUUACGUGUAAGACAACGAAUAGGCUAUAUUCUCCAAAUUUCCACAUUUCUCUUAAAACAAAUGGGAAAACAAACUGGUUGAGUGGCAAUAAUAAUGUCAUGUAGUUAUAGUAAGUUGAGGGAUUUAAGAGACACGGAAGAUUUCUUUGGUGGCAGGUUUGGUGUAUUGAUGCUUCCAGCAAACUUGUGCUACGUUGAUAAUGUGGGUUUUCUUUUAUGAUGCGUCUCUGGGAGGUUUGCUUUUGCUCGAGCAUCGAUUGUGUUUGUCGCUGGUGUGAAUGUUUGAACAAUUGACAUGCUUUGUCUAAUUUCAGUCUUUUUGUUAUUUUUGUGUCUCAAAGAAAUGUAUAAAUUUGUUGGUCCUCUAAAAAUCUAUUGGCACUAUUUGAGCAAUAAUUCUGCAAAUAUGUGCUAAAACUGCUGAGUUGUGUCGCUGGUAUUUAUUUUGAAGGGUUUUUAUUUAUUUCUUGGAGCAUGGCAUCUGCUGUAGUACUGUUAAAACAUUGUUAAAUGCUGUAAAUGAAUCAAAUAAAGUAUUUUUUUUUCCUA